AUGUCCGAAGCCACACCCGAAGCAACACCAACCCUUGUUCAAACGCAAUCAACACAACCAACUCCAUCGCAACCACAACAAAGUGUCGCAACACAAAACCAACCACUUACUGUUGAGAAAUAUGUUGUUGCGUCGGAAAAAAAUUACCCGAGACGCCGAACAAUGGAAGACGCACACUUCAUUAUGGACCCCCUUGUUGAACUGAAUGGCCACAUCUAUUCGUUGUACUGUAUAUUUGAUGGGCAUGGUGGGAGAACAGCAUCACAACACGCAGCUAAGAUAGUCGGAGGGAUGGUGACGGAGAUAUUAAAGCGCGACAUCGCAAUAGAAGAAAAAAUUGAAGAUAUCUAUGCGGAGCUCGACCUCAGUAUCAAAGAUAACAAAAUCGAUUACCCCGGUUCGUGCGCUUUGAUGUGCAUCAUUGACAAAUUUGGUGACAAGCGCACGAUUUACAUGUCGAAUGCCGGAGACUCAAUGGGUUACAUUCUGUCAACAAGCGGAGUGACGUGUAUGUCUGAGGAACACAACACAAAAAACUCAGAAGAGAUCACACGAUUACAAAACUCUGGAGCUCUUAUCAUGUCUGGGAGAGUGAAUGGAGUUAUUGCAGUCACUCGCGCACUUGGUGAUCAUUAUAUUAAACAGUGGAUAGUCUCUGCGCCUUAUAUGAAAGCUGCUGAAGUCACCAGUGACAUGAAAUAUAUAGUAUUAGCAUGUGAUGGCCUGUGGGAUGGGAUUAAUGCUGAAAAAGUCAAGGAGGUGUUAGAGACUGAAGGGGUACAGUUUGAGGCGGUAGCGAAACAACUCACUCAACUUGCGAUUUCGAAGGGGUCAACAGAUAAUAUCACCGUCAUUGUUAUUAAGUUAUAG